AUGGAUAGAACUAAACGAAAAUUAACUUUUGCUGAAUUAUCUGCAGUGAAAACAAAGAAAUUGCAAAGCAAAUUGAACGAUCCAGAUAAUUUAUUUCAAUUAAUAUUCGCUUUAUCUCAAUUAAAAUCAUGUCGAUUUACGUAUUUUUCGGAACGUGAUAUUGCACUUCCAAUUGCAACUAGAAAACAACAUAGUACAAUUGAAACUCUUGCUUUGUAUACAGUUGAUACUUGGAAUGAGAUUCUUACUCUUACGUCUUAUACAUCUAAUCUUCGUCGUUUGAUAACACCGUGUGGUAUGGAUCGUGAUAUAGAUAUUGAAACGUUAUUACCAUUACGAUUAUCAAAUUUGACUUACCUACGAACAUGUUUCAAUUAUUUAAAUUUUCAUGAAUUUGAAAUCUUUAUUAAAAAAAUUUAUUCACCAUUGAAAAUUUUACAUGUUGAAUUUUUAGUUGAAGAUGUAAAUUUUCGUGAUAGUGAUUGUUGGGAAAAUUUAAUUUUAACGUCUUUAUCUCAUCUAGAAGAAUUAUAUUUAAUAUAUAAAGAAAGAUUUCCUCCUUCUGAUGACCUAAUAUUUUCUGGUAAACUAAAUCCAUUCAGUUCACCAUUUUGGAUUGAUCGACGAUGGUUUUUUGAAGUUGAAACUGAUAUUAAUUUUGUUAAUUACAUUGUUCGUCCAUAUAGAAGUUGCAAUAAUCCAACAAAUUUAGUUCGUUUGCUUUGUUUUCGUAUUCCAGCAGCAGAUGAUGGAACUAUUGAAAAAUUAAAAAGAACAAUAAUUACUAAUGGAAUCACUUGCGACUAUACUAUCAAACGUAUAGUUGAUCGUGUUUAUAUAGAAUGGAAAUUAGAACCAACUAUUGAUUCUUCAUAA